AACAUCACGACAGAAAUCAGUUUGAACACAGAGGGGGUGGAGUGGGGCUGGAACUGUGCGAGUUUCAUGUCGUUUUUUGAACAAUGCGUUACACACAGAAUGGGGCCAGCUCAGCAACUCCCUGAACACCAGGCGAAGUGAGGUUUGUCAACUCCACCUUAUCCUGAAAAUGGGAACUGGCUUCCCGGCUCUCGUCACGCUCUGUUGUGGUGGUUUUUGAACGGAGACGAUGCCUCCCACAGCCAAAGGGCCUCAGGGUUACACGCCCCCGGAUGGAGGGUGGGGUUGGGCCGUAGUGCUGGCCUGCUUCGUUUCCAUCGGAUUCUCCUACGCUUUUCCCAAAGCCAUCACCGUCUUCUUUAAGGAAAUUAAGGACAUCUUUCAAUCCACGGACAGCCAGGUCUCUUGGAUCUCCUCCAUAAUGCUGGCAGUGAUGUAUGCUGGAGGUCCCAUCAGCAGUAUCCUGGUGAACAGGUAUGGCAGCCGGCCUGUGGUGUUACUGGGUGGGCUGCUGGCUAGCUCAGGAAUGAUCAUCGCCUCAUUCUGCAGGAGCAUCGUGGAGCUUUAUUUCUGUAUAGGAGUCAUCGGGGGGCUGGGACUCGCCUUCAAUCUGCAGCCAGCACUGACCAUGAUCGGGAAGUAUUUCUACAAGAAGCGUCCAUUGGCCAAUGGGCUAGCAAUGGCGGGAAGUCCAGUUAUUCUCAGCACAUUAGCCCCUCUUAACCAGUACCUCUUUGACAAUUACUCAUGGAGGGGGGGCUUCCUGAUCCUGGGGGGCAUCUUACUCAACUGCUGUGUGGCUGGAGCUCUCAUGCGUCCCAUAGGCUCUCAGUGGAGCAAUGAAUCCAAACAGCCAAUGAAUGAUCAGGGAGAGGCUGACGUGAACUCCGACCUCAAGACUGGCAAACCCAAAGCAAAGCUCAGCAUUUUCCAAACCAUCAGCAAGUACUUGGACUUGUCACUCUUCAAACACAGAGGUUUCCUGAUCUACCUAUUUGGCAAUGUCAUCAUGUUCUUUGGCCUGUUCGCACCCCUGGUCUACUUGUCCACUUAUGCCAAGCAUAUGAAAAUCGAUGAGUACAAAGCAGCUUUCCUCCUGUCCAUCCUGGCCUUUGUGGACAUGUUUGCUCGGCCAUCCAUGGGGCUUCUGGCCAACACCAAGUGGGUGAGACCCAAGAUCCAGUACUUUUUCUCCUUCUCCGUCCUCUACAAUGGCAUCUGUCACAUCAUGAUGCCGUUGGCAACUAAUUAUACCGGCCUGGUCAUCUACACCAUCUUCUUUGGGUUUGCCUUUGGCAUGCUGAGCUCCGUCCUUUUCGAAACCUUGAUGGAUAUGGUCGGUGCACCGAGGUUCUCCAGCGCAGUGGGACUGGUCACCAUAGUGGAGUGUUGUCCUGUAUUGCUGGGACCUCCGCUGUUGGGUUUGCUGAAGGACGCGUACAAUGAUUUCCGUUAUGUGUAUUUUGCGUGUGGAGCGGUGUUGAUCUUUGCGAGUAUCUUCCUGUUCAUUGGCAAUGCAAUCAAUUAUCAUCUCCUGAGGAAGGAGAAGCAAGAAGAAGGAGACAAAUCGAAACAUGAGGCAACGAUUGACUUGAACGAAACCAAACGUGAUAAUUCAUCCACCGGGCAAAAAUACCAUGAUGGGGCUGAGGAGCAGGACGUGGAUGUUUAAGGCUGGGAGGGGCAAUGAUUUGGUUCAUUUUACGAUUCUCACCGGUCUUCCAUUUCACUCUAUCACACAGAUAUAUCUGGGGAGGUGCAGUGAGAGAUUGAUGGAGUGUUAAUUCUGGGGAAUGUCUGUUAUGGGGCCAUAAUCAGUGUAGUCUUUGCCCCUCCCUCCAACUAACAACCUCCACUCAACCCUCAUGUGCCUUCAAUCCCAUUGAGUGCAACCUCCAUUCACCUGGAGUUGCCAAUGGAUCUCCAUUGACCACUAGGAGCAGUCAAAGGAAAAUAUUUCACAAGGGCAUUGAAUAAUUCUACAUUUUCUAUACUUGGCACAUUUUGGUUUUUAUGAGUGCUUAAAAAUAUUGGAGAUGAAUGGAUAUAUUUAAGUGCGCUGGACACAGUUGAUCACAUGAGCGUGAUUAAUCUGAAUUGGCGACAUUAAUUCAUCACCAUUUUGAGUGGGAUGAGAGUAAACUGGGAGUUCCUCUCAUUGUAGAAGGCCUCAUUGGGAGGACUUGAAAGACUCUGGUUAAUCCAAUGGUAGCACAAUGAGGAGACAAUGCUUCACUCAAAGGGUCAUGAGGCUUUGUAGUUCUGUACCGCUGAGGUUUGUGCUUCCCUGGGUUUGAUGAGACUGGGAUGUUAAAGAGGUCACCUCCAUGGAGAAGGGAAAUGCCUGCUACAACAGACAGGCAGAUCUGCUUAGUGAUUAGAAUUCAAUCCAAUCAUGGGGAUUAUUUCUAAUUAAUUCAGAUCCUUGCUCUUAUCAACUAGAACAAAAACAGAAAUCGCUGGAGAAACUCAGAGGUCUGCCAGCAUCUGUGGAGAGAAAACAGAGUUAACAUUUCAAGUCCAGCGACUUUUCUUCAAAACCAGUAUUUCAGAGCAUGACAAUCAGUGUUGAUUUGUUUUUUGUUUUCCCAGUUCUGGGAUUCAAAACAUUAACUCGGUUUCUCUCCCCACAGGUGCUGCUGGACCUGCUGAGUUUCUCCAGCAGUGUCUGUUUUUGUUUAAGCUUGCCAGCGAUUCUGUUUUAUUUUAGUCCUCAUCACCGGGGGUUAGGCAGAGUGUCACUGACUCAGUGAAAGAUGUGAAUGAAUUAAUUGGGUUUCUUGAGUAGGAUUUUCUUGAUGCUCUCCUUCAGAGUAUUAAUUUCUGGAGUUCACUCUUCCUUGUAGCGGGACUUGUACUUAAAACCUUACAACUUUGAGGGCAUUGCUAGAACCAUCAGGUGAUGUGCAAUUUACAGCAUGGAAACAGGCCAUUCAGCCCAACUGAUCUGUGCUGAUGUUUCUACUGCACGUGAUCCUUCUCCCUCCCUUCAUCUCACCUGACCAACAUUUCUGCCUACAUCAUUCUCCCUCACAUGUUUAACCAGCUUCCCAUCAAUUGCGUUUCUACUCCUUGCCCCCUACAUUCUCCCCAUUCUCUUCAGUAAAGAUGUUGCUCCUGCAUUUCUUGUUGGAUUUAUUAGUGGUUAUUCAAUUCAUAGCUCCUGGUUUUGAUCUCCUUUACAAAUGGAACUAUCUUCUAUAACUUUUCUUUUAUUGGGUCUUCUACAGAUGGAAAGAGAUAUCUUUUACAAGAUAAAAGUGCCAUCCAUGUUCAGCCCUCCCUAAGAGGCAGGACAGUGGCUCAGUAGUUAGCACUGCUGCCUGACAGCACCAGGGAUCUGAGUUCAAUUCCUGCCUCAGGCGACUGUCUGUGUGGAGUUUGCACAUUCUCCCCGUGUCUGUGUAGGUUUCCUCCGGGUGCUCUGGUUUCCUCCCACAAUCCAAAGAUGUGCAGGUUAGGUGGGUUGACGAUGCUAAAUCGCCUUGUAGUGAUCUGGGAUGUGUAGGCUAGGUGGGUUAGCCUGAUAAAUUCAGGUUUAGAAAUAUGGGGCAAUAAGUCUGGGUGGAUUGCUGUUCAGAGGGUCAGUGUGGACUUGAUGGGAUGAAUGGCCUGCUUCCAUGCAUUAGGGAUUCUAGGAUUCAUGAUUAGAAUGUCUAGUUUUGAUAUCACCUUUUUUGUACCUUCUCCAGUACCCCAUACCCCUUCUGUAAUAUGGAGACCAGAAAUGUUCACAGUUCAAGUGUGACCUGACUGAGCUUUUGUACAAGUUUAACGUAAUUUCCCUGCUCUUAUAUCAGAGCAUAAGCCCAAUACCAUCCCUCCAGAAAUGAACCCACUGCUUGAUUUUAUAUAUUUUAUUGCCUCAUUAUUGUAUUCACUGGGCUGUUUAAAAAUCUAGCUUUGGUCACAAUCAAUAAUUGAGUAAAAGUGACUGUGAAUUAAUCAGAUUGUCAUAAAUAAGAUUCCUUUAGGGAAAGGUAUCUGCCAUCCUUUCCAGGUCUGAGCCUGUACAGGACUCCAAUCUUCCACGUGAUUAACUCUUAGCAGCCUCUGAGAUAAACCAACAAUGACAAUCAGUCGUAUCUAAGGAAGGUUCAUUAACAUCUCAUUAGGUCAACAAGCAGUGGAUAAGAAAUGUCAUUGAUGCACAUUACAAGAGUAAAGAUAUGCACCCAGGGCUGAAGGACACACUGGUCAGUGCAGGUUAAGGGAAACAUUUCCGGUUUAUCUUUCAUGACACGACAGAAUGUUACAAGGAGGUUGGAGCACACUUCCCUUUCCAUCACUCCACUUCCCAUUUGUGGGAUACAAGAAGCCUCAUGGGAUUAGGAGCUAGUUGUCUUAUCCAACUCCUACUAAAACGAUGGGUAACCUGCCUCAUCUACUCAGGAGCUACCUGGAGCUUGCACAUUAUCUGGGAGGGUGAUGUGUGAUUGGAGAUAAACAGCACUCCUGUUUUCUUUUCAAGUAUGAAGCAUGAACAAGGAUAUUGUUGCAGCCAGUAUUUACCGCCCUGUCCCCAAGGAGCUGUCAGUAUUUCAUAGAAUCCAUUUAGAAAGCCAUUCGGCCCAUCCUGCUUGUAAUGGCAUUUACUCUCAUACCCCAGUCUGUCCAUCAAUACAAGGCGGUGCUGAGGGUGCUCCAAGCUGCCAGAUGAUUGGAUACUCUACAGGGCUCUAUACAUUUAUGAAGGAUGUACAUUUACUACCUUUUUCUCAGAAUCCAAACCAUUCCUUUGAGGAUGUGGAUUUAAUGGUGAACAAGUCAUUUUGACAAUCCAUUGUACUAUCUGUCCGAUAUUUCAGUAUGACAAUCAAUGUAGAUUUAUUUUUUGUUCUCACCUUUAUAAAGCAGAAAUUGAAAUAUAAAAAU